CCCCCAUGCCCCCCCCCCAGGGCUGGGGUGUAUGUGUGGGGCUGGCUCUGGCCGCCCUGGGCUGGGCCCUGCUCGUGGCCUCCCUGCCCCAUAGCGUGUGGGGCCUGGGGGGGGGCAGGCGACGGCCGUGGCCUCGGUCACCAUCACCCGCGGCCUAUGGGGCGACUGCGUCACCGACGCCAGUGGGGUCAGCUCCUGUGUGCCCCUCGUGUCCCUCAUCACACUGCCUGGGCUCUCGGGCUCUGGCUGUUGUCUCCUCCCUUGUGGCUGUUCCUGGUCUGAUCCUCGGGGGGGUCCCAGGGGCCCGAAGGUCAUCCCGGACUGCAGGGGGCGCCAUAGUGCUGCUGGCUGGGCUGCUCUCAUUGGCUGCUGCUGUUUGGUUCGCGGUCGCCAUUAGCCAGGAGUUCUUUGACCCCCAACAUGCUGGAGUUCGCUUCGAGCCGGGUCCGGGUGUGCUGCAGGCAGGAGGGGGCGGGGCCAUGGCUGCGGUGGGCGGAGCUUUGGUCAUGGCGUUUGCCAGGGACCCCCCACGGAGCCGAGGCUCCCCUUCCCCAGCCGCCAGCCUGGGGGACAAGUACGUGAGGAACGCCUACGUGUGACGUCACGGGGGUCACGCCGGGGUCAAGCCCCGCCCCCAACACGACGCCCCUCCCCCCUCCAUUGACCCCUCC